AUGAGAUCAGUAAGCAUUACUUCUUCUAGUUCUGUCCUAGAUCCAUCCUUCAACUCGGUGAAAAAAACGACGCCUCGUUUUCAGGAUCAACGAAAGAUGAGCGGAUCGCGUAAGCAGUCGCUCGUCGAGGCCGCCGAGCAGCACUUCGACAAGAACACGCUCAUUCUCAUCGUCAACGUCGUCAUUCUCACCAUUCUCAUCUCGCUUCUCUACAUGGUUGCCACGUCAGCGAUGGCCGCCAGCGGACAGCACAGCGAGAACUAAAUCGUCAUCUGGAGGCUUCUAAUAGAUUUUCUUUUUCGUAACCGGUGAGUCAUCAAAGAGCAUGUUUGCUCGCUGAGAAAGAGAACAGCGGUGAUCUAUUUGUGAGUUUUGGGCGGUCAGAUGAGUUUGUAGUCUGAUCAUCGGAGGAGGUUCACAGUAACUUUGGGCCCGAAUUCUCGCAAAAAUAACUGCGUUGUUUGUCCCAUAAAACGUGACAAUGCACAAGUGCAAUGGGCUCCUUGCUUCCCGCCAACUGCUCCCCUUCCUUGCGCCCGCUCUUUGCCGCUCAUAAAAUGGCACAUUUCCAGGUAUUUCAACGAAAACCAACAGCUUCAUUCGCCUUCAUCUUCUCAAUAA